CCCGGGGCGGGCCCGGCCGGGCACAGGAGCGGAGGCCCCGCGGUCGGUGGGACGGGACGGGGGCUGCGGGGUCCCGUCCCGGGCAGGGCGCGGGGGCGGUGCCCGGGGGGAGCCCGGCGGUGAUCCCUGGCACGGAGGGUCCGGGACCCGUGGGCUUUGCUCCGGAGCCGGGAGCGGAGGCAGGGCUGGGACUCUGUUUUGGGGUGCGGGUCGGGCCGGGCACUCCUGGGGCACUUGCGGGGAGAGGCAGAACGGGUUAAUUCGCAGCAUCUUUGCUGAAUCACUGUGAUCCGGGGGAGAGUUCUUUUACCGCGAUCUCCUUGGCUCUUCUGGGAUGGAAACGGGCACUUCCCGGCUCCUGCUGAAGCCCUGGAUCCGCUCUGGGCUUUCGGGGGGGAUUUCUGUCCCGUGUUGCUGUCACUCCUUGGUCCGUACGUGUGCUAAGCCCCAUCUGCGUGCAGGGAGGCUCUGUGUUUCUGACACCUGCCUGCCGCCAAAACUGUUCAGAGACAUGUUUCCUCAAUGAAAAAACACUGGUCAAUAUCACACGUGGAUAAACCUAAUUAUUAUCACAGGUUCUGGAAGCCUGGGUGCCCUGGGUUGCUUCAGCAGGACCAGGCUGAAUAUUAGAGUCCUCCUUUGGAUCUUAUAGGAGGGCCAAAGUUGUACUGGGAUGUGGGCUCUUCCAACAAGAAGCAAUUGAAAUAAAGGUUUGGAAUCAGGACUUAAAACAGGAUGCCAUAGAGCUCCUUGGGGAAGGGAUGGAAACUUCAGGAGCUUGGAAUUUGUAGUGAAGCAAUUAAACAUAAAGGGGAGAAGAUGUUGAGUGGCUAGCGUGAGCGUUUUUCCAUCCUGCCUGGGGUAAAGACUGAGUAUUUGUAAAAAACAGCUCAAGAAAAGCAAGAGCUAAGUUAACUUCUAAUAAGCUGCAUUAGUCAUGAUAAACUUGACAUGUGUAGAAGGUAGUAGGUGCUUUCUUUAGUGAAGCUGAUCUGCUGAAUUGCCUGAAGAUUUGGUAACUGGUUGUUUUGAGAACGCUCCUCCUCCUCCUCCUCACUGCCCCGGUUGGGGUGGCACGGAGCUGGAGCUCAGGGCUUGCUCUGCAGACCAUCAGCUCACUGUAGUUUGGUGGAGAACAGUCAGCACUGGUGCUGCUCAGUGUUUGUCAGUUCAGGUGAGUCACCAAUAAUUUACAGUAAGAACUUGCCUUUCACAUAUUCUGACUGGCUGGGAAAGAUGUUGUCCCUGUACAGCAUAACUGUGCUGGUGGAUGGAGUUUCUUCUCAUCUUGUGAGAUCCAAGUGGGAGAGGCAGGGAGCUCACAAAGGGGGAGAGUAGCUGAAAUGCCAAGUGUAUGUCAGAGUCUUACCUUGCUCUUUUUCAUUUUUAACUUGCUGCUGCGAGAGAUCCUUCCAUCUCUCUGUUGAUGUAGGAAUCAAAGGUAACUCGAGGUUGAACAGCCUGUGGAUACCAAACUGCCCAUGAAAGGCUAUUGCCAUGAGUCAAUCCCUUAAUUCUUCUGUUUGAAAAACUAGAUGAAGAACAUUCAGAGCAAAUCAGGUGGUCUGUGCCUCUUAACUUACAAUGUAUUUCUGCUCCUCGAGUAACUGCACGUUGCACCAUUGCAGGGGUCUCUCCAGGAGUGGUGGUAGCCUGUAGUUCCAGCAGUGGGAAUGCCUGGCAGGGCUGCUGGCAUCCCUGCUGAGUGUGUGUGUGUGUCUGUGUGUGUGUUUUCACAGGUGCAGACGUUCAUCUGACUCUGAAAUGCUUUCUUUGAAUUUCAGCUUGCAAACUGGUUUGCAGCUGUGUUCUGGGAGAAGCCCUGCUGGAGUUAGUGGCACUACCUGUUGCAGCAGUGUUGCUGAUAAACAGCCUUGUAAUCCUCUGAGUCAUAACAUAUGAAAUAAGAGAGUAGCUGUGUUGGCAAGCUUGUCCCUGCGUGCAGUCCGUUGGUGUGUGACACAAGGACAGAGCUGGCUUGAGGCUGCCCGUGCUGGGGGAUGGAUGGAGUGUCUGCCCAACCCCUGGUGAUCACUGUAUCCCAUUCAGGAGGAUUAAAGCAUCAUUGAAAGGGCAUGUGUCAUGAAGGGUGUCCAUCCCCAGCCUUGCUGUGAUGUGGUUGGUGAGUCCUUAGCUCAGGUUGUACCCAAACUAAGCUACUUUCACCUGUGAAGUCAUCUAGAAAUUCAGAGCUCCCAGGCUGACGAGGGAAGUAGUGAAGAGUUGGGAUCACACUCGGGCAUUUUGGGAUGGCUCUUGGCACAUUGCUUGUUAUUCAAGAAAACUGAGAUGUUCAGGCAACUGGUGGAGUGCUUAGGUGUGCUCCAGAGACAGUCCUGUGGGUAAUGUGGUGGGAGAAGGAGGGAAGAGAGGGUGCUUCUGUGUGGCACAUCUCGCUCCAGCACUGCUCUGCCAGGGAGGUCUGUGUGUGCCUUGUGGUUCUCGGUCCUUACACAAAGGUCACAGAGAUUUCUCCAUGCCCUUUAUAUGUUCAGGGCUAGGUUUGUUCCAGAUGAUUGCUCUUGUAAAUUUUUCACUCCGGUGUUACACAGCAGUGCUGUGAUCAAAGAUUAAAUCACGCCUUUGCACCGGCUUGCAGUGUCAUCUCUUUCUUUCCCUGAUGAAGUCUUGAUUCAUCUGUACUGGACUUACAUGCUGUCCAAAAUAACCUCAUAUUCACUAGUUAAAUUAACACUGAUGGACAUCUCUGCCUUUGAAAUAUUCUAGAUGUGUAAUUUGAGUUAAUUUUAUUAAGACUGCAGAUCUCUUCUGUCAUGAUUACUGGCGAGGUUUCUGGCUGGCUGCAUCAUUUCACUCUCAAGUGAGUAUCAGAAACCUGUACCAGUCUCAUAUGGUUUUAAUGCAUCUGCAUGUUAUCCUUGUCUUGUACUUGACCAGAGUUACACCUUCAAGUGCUGGAAUUUAAAAGGUCUGGUCUAUUGCUAAAAGUUUACAAAUUGUACUUGAGUGACAAUUCCAAAAAACCCACAAAAACCAUAACCAGACAAAAAAAAUCCCCAAACAAACAAACCCACAAAAAACCCAAACCAAAAAAACCCCUAAAAAAACCAAAACAAAAUGAAACAGCAAAACCCUGAAAAAAUUCACUUCUUGAUUUGUGAGCAGUUAAAAAAAUAAUUACAGAGGUUGGCAAAAGAGCUGGCAUUCCAGGUUUAUCUGCUGUUGGGGGAUGUGCUUUAAUGUACUCUCUUGAGGCAUGCUCUGUCUCUAAUUUGUAAAAAUAGGAUCCUGGUAUGACUUGUUCUGUAUCUUAGUAUUCCUUAGUCUUCUGUUGUCUGACCUCACUAUUUUCAUAUUUGGUUUUUUUUACUCUUUAAUCCACCUGAGAUGCAGCUGGGGCUGUGCUUGUGCUGCUGGGUCCCAAAGACCUGACCUGCUGGACACUGUUUUGCCCAGGCUGUGGAUUUGGGCAGGGCAGCAGGGCACAGAGAGGUGGGAUGUGCUGCCUUGUUCUGUGGUGAAUGAGACCAACCUCAUUUCCUAGGAAUGAGAAGGGGAGAUAAGAGGAGAGGAAUUGUGUAUCCUUUCAGCAGCCUUCUGUUAAACUUGGAAUACCACAGCUCAAGCACGUGAACAGAUGGAUAAUGGAGACUGGGGAUAUAUGAUGACUGAUCCAGUCACGCUAAAUGUGGGUGGACACAUGUAUACGACCUCCCUCACAACUCUAACGAGAUAUCCUGACUCAAUGCUCGGGGCCAUGUUCAGGGGAGACUUCCCCACUGCCAGGGACUCUCAGGGCAAUUACUUUAUUGACAGAGAUGGACCACUUUUCCGUUAUGUUCUUAACUUUUUAAGGACCUCAGAGCUCACUUUGCCACUGGACUUCAAGGAGUUUGACCUGCUCCGGAAGGAAGCAGACUUCUAUCAGAUUGAACCCUUAAUUCAGUGUCUUAAUGACCCCAAGCCGCUGUAUCCUGUGGAUACCUUUGAGGAGGUGGUGGAGCUGUCCAGCACCCGGAAGCUUUCCAAGUACUCCAACCCGGUGGCCGUGAUCAUCACGCAGCUCACCAUCACGACGAAAGUCCACGCGCUGCUGGAAGGCAUUUCGAACCACUUCACCAAGUGGAAUAAGCACAUGAUGGACACCAGGGACUGCCAGGUGUCCUUCACCUUCGGGCCGUGCGAUUACCACCAGGAAGUGUCGCUGCGAGUGCAUCUCAUGGAGUACAUCACAAAGCAAGGCUUCACGAUCCGCAACACCAGAGUCCAUCACAUGAGCGAGCGUGCCAAUGAAAACACAGUGGAACACAACUGGACUUUCUGCAGGCUGGCACGGAAAACAGAUGACUGAUUCUGACUCCACAGGAGCCACUUCAGUGAUUAGCAACUUAAUUGGACAGUGAACCCAAGAGAGUCUGGAUUUUGACUACAGCAACAAUAUGGGCUUUUUUUAUACGAGUAUUUAUUGUUUAUCAGUGAGGACUGGAGGAGUUUCAUUCUCUAGCAGCUCUGUUCUUUUGUCCAGUUCAGAAAAAAAACCGUGCAUGUGCCUGUUCAGUCAAGACACCUUUUUGUUUGAAAGAGGGAGUCCGAAGAAUCAGUACAAUAGGGUAUUUUGUGUCAUUAACACAAUUCUCUGACUCAACUCAAAGUGCUAAAAUUACCUCUUGUUUAAAUGGUUUCUAAUCCACCUAAUGCUAUGACACUGGGAGCAAGAAACAAAAAAAAAAGAUUUUAAAAUGCAGUUGGGGAGAAGCUGCUAUUGUGUAGACUAAUUUAGUUUCUAAAUCAAUAAACAGUAUUGUAAUAUUCUAGGAAAACAAAUCCCACCCUUUAAAAGUACUUGAUAAGUACAGUUUCUUACAGUUAUGACAACUGUUUCUUUCUAUGCAUAUAAAUCAAGCAACCAAAUAUUAUCUGUAGCCAUGGAAAUAUGAUUACAAAUAUUUAUAUUGGAUUCUAAAUGCAAAAUGUCCCUGUGGUAGAAUUCAUAUUUUUAAUGCCUGGUGCAAUAUUAUUCCCAAGUGUAAUGCCUGCCAGAAGAAGCUAAUAAAAAUGUGAAAUACAGAA